CUCGGCCGGCCGCUGUGCAGGGGACGGGAGCCCCAAAGCCGGAGUGCAGGCUGGCCACGCAGGAAAUCCCUCUCACGGGCUUUAUUCUGAUUUCUGCGAGAUCCAUAUAGGCUUCAAAACUAAGCUGAGUGUAAAACAUUUGUCUUUGUUAGUAUAAGGGCUUUUUCUUGGGCAGCUUGAAUCUUUUUUUCAGUGUCCUGUGGGUAAGAUAAUGCUGUUUUACACGCAACAACAGCGUCAGACCAGCGUGGAUCAGGGUUACGCUGUGAUAGGUGACAUGAACUAAUUCUUUGCUCUAAAUAGUGCCUUUCUUGGAAGUUCUUAUUUUGUGUGUGUCUUUCCCACCCAUGCAAUGGAAUGCUUAGGUCAGGAAAGGAACAGGGUCACUCCUGUAAUGUGGAAGUGUAACUGUGAGUUUGGCUGUUGCUAUGAACUGACAAGCCAGGCUUUCCGGCUUUUCAAGAUGUCCAACAAAGAAUCUUGUGGAAAAAUAGAGACGUCUCAGAGAAGAAGCACUACCUCGUCACCCAACUCUGAUGAAGACGAGAAGGCGGAACACCCUCGUGAAUGCACCGGCUCAGUGUGCUCUGUCCGACCACUGCCGUCAGGAGGGACGCCAGGAAAAUCAGAUGAUCGAGACAUUUUGUGCUGUAAUACAAAAAGAAGACAAAGCUUAAAAAGAUCGAGUGUAGAUAUUGACAUUCCCAGAAAGAGACUGAAAAUCAGUUCCUCACCUCAAGGACCAGACAGAAUCCAAGAAGCUCCACACUCAAAUCGGAUGAUUUCACAGAGUCCUUCCGCAGAUGGAACUAAAACAGAUAGAAUUCACUGCACAGAUUUUAGAGAUACCAAAUCAACAAAUGUUAGGGGUAACCCUGAUCGUAGCAAUCCUAAGAUUGCCAGAGAAGUGCGCCCCAAGUCUGCAGGCCAGGCAGGUGAGAAAAGCUGGCAUGCUGUAGCUGCUGAGCGGGAGAAGGUACGGAAGCGCAAGAGAAAAAGGAACGGGAAAUUUAAAGACAGUUCGGGAAAAUGUGAGCAAUUUCCAUUUUCUCAGGAUUCUCACUCCAACAAGAUAAUGAAGGAGACCCUCGAGUCUAGAAGGAAGAUCAGUUUCAAAAUUCCAGUAAGAUCUUGUGUCCUCCAGAAGCGUGUAGAAGAAAACGUCUUCAGUUUAGAUUCUGAGAAAUCCGAGACUAAGGAAGAAAAAGACUUCCUGGACUGCUCCCGUGUCUCGCUAGGUUAUAUCGGGCGAAAACCAGAACAUUUAUUUUCAGAUUCCACAUAUAAACAGACUGUUGAGUGGGAAGGAACAUUUCGUCAUGAGCCCCAGCAAAGGGAUGAUUCCAGUUCUGGAGGGAGUGUGAGCGAGAGUUUUGAAGCAGUGUGUCCGUCGGCUUCAUCUGGCAGUGUUGAGGAUACAGAUCAAGAGAUGCAGAUAGUGGAAGAGCUUCAUGCCGCACGCGUGGGGCACAUGAUAGAUUUACCUGUGGCGCCGCCUGCUGGAGAGUUGAUGAGUAUGGACAUUGACCUGGUGGAAGACGACCCCCGUUCUGCUGCCGCAAAUACUGCUUCAGACAGAAAACUGUUGAUUGUUGUGGAUACAAAUAUUCUGAUGAAUCAUCUCAAAUUCGUUAGAAUUUUGAGUACAACAGAAAUACCAGACUUUGACAGCCUCAUCUUAAUAAUUCCCUGGGUUGUUGUGCAAGAGCUGGAUCGCAUGAAAGAGGGAAAGCUGCUAAAACAUGCGCAGUACAAGGCUGUCCCUGCAGUGCAUUUCAUCCACGACAGUCUCAGGAGGAAGGACCGAAAGCUGUGGGGUCAGUCGCUGCAGCUUGCGUGCCAGAGACUUUAUGGAUUGCGAGAUGAGAACAAUGAUGACCGCGUAUUGAAAUGCUGUCUUCAGUACCAGGAACUGUUCCCUUGUUCUCUUGUGAUUCUGUGCACAGAUGAUAGAAAUUUAAGAAACAAAGGCCUCAUAAGCGGUGUGAAGUCCCUGAGCAAAGAAGAGUUGAGUGCAGAGUUGCUGAGCUUGUCUCAGAAUGCAGAAGUGUGUCAUCAGCUGCGUGUUGCUAAGCAGCAGGGGACCACAGAAGCAACAAUGUUGGAAAAAACCUCUGAGAAGGAACCUGCGGCUUCAGGGUUGUCCAUUCUGCUUGAAAGUAUUGUGUGUGAUCUGGAAAAGUCUCUUGGAGCAGCUUUGUCUUCAAUUUUAGAAACAGAAAUGAAGAUCGCGUUUGGGAACCUCUGGAUGGAGAUACUGUACGUGAAACCACCAUGGACUCUAAUACAUUUAUUACGAUGCUUUAAAAAACAUUGGUUGGCUGUAUUUGGAUUAAUUAUGGAAAAGAAUUUGCUUUUAACUAUUGAGAGCAUAUACGAAAAUCUCUGUAAAGCUAAUAAUUCCAUGGAUUUUACAACGGUGAGAUUCCUGCUUCAGGAUUCUAAGAGUUUGUUACAGGCUUUCAGUGCCAGGUCAGAUUAUGAUGGUGUGCUUCCACAGGCGUUUGCUCAAGUAAGCAAGCUGCUCCAGACACUUGCUGAGGUGAAAACAAAAGUGAAGCCAGGUUCUUCAGAAAGCACGGGGAAUGGAAAGCAGGAAGCCGCGUGCUUGAUGAAGUCUCAUCACCAAGAAAGCACUGUGUGCUCGGGGUCUCACGUUCCCCAACCCAACAGGCAUCAAGAGAUCUGGUCUGUUCUGGAGAAUGUUUGGCUUUCAAUAUGUCAGAACAGCACAGAUGUGUUUCAAAGAUUGGGCACAAAUUCAGCUCUGAGUACUUCAACUAUAGCAUCGUUAGAAGAAGCAUUUCUUUAUCUUCAGAAGUUAAUGGCAGCUGUGAAGGACAUUCUUGAAGGAAUUCAGAGGAUUUUAGCCCCUGACAGUAAUUAUCAAGAUGUUGAGACUCUCUUUAACUUCCUAAUCAAGUAUGAGGUAAAUAAAAAUGUGAGAUUUACUGUUGAGGAGCUGCAGGACUGUCUGUCCCAGACCGAGUACCGGGCAAAGUUAGCCAUCGGAUGUCGCCAGCUGCUUGAGAUGGCGCACACCAUGCAGCAGUGCAGCGCGUCUGUGUACAUGGAAGCCAGACACAGGGGCCGAUGUGAGGGGCUGCAAGCCCAGCCGUAGGCCCUCGGUGCCAGCUUGUACCUGAAAGGGAAUUACAGCUAUCUGUACGAACGAGAGGAGCUUUUAAUCUGGUCGCUUUGUGAGCCAACCCCCAGCCAUUGAAGGAGUGUUUCGUGAGCACAGCCUCUCUUACUGAUGCUGCAGGAAGCCUCGGGCAUCUGUCGUGUCAACGGUGAGCCCAGCUCCCCAGGCUUGCAGUUCCUCCCUGCCUCUGUGCUGGGAGCUGGGGCCCUCAGGGAAAGAACACGCCCCCUGCCUUCCUGGGCACCUUGGCCUCUCCUAGGAAGCCUCAGGGGCCGCCUUAGCAUCUCUGGACCCUGACUGUGGGCAGCUGACCCGAGGGAGGCACUGUGAAUCCCUAGGGAGAGCUAAGAUGUGGCCACGCUCAUCACAUCCACAAAUGGAAUCGUGCUCUGGGCAGCUUUGUGAGUGAGUGCCAGCCCCAGAAUGCCACCACCCAACUUACCAAGACCUCGGCUGCUGUUUCUGCACAGCCUCCUCCCUUCUCUGGGCUGGUCACUUCGGGGUGCGUUUCUGAUGGGGAACAGGGCCACCCCUCUGAAUUUCCGUUAAAUAUGAAGCAUGAAUUUAUGAAAUGGUGGCAGUGACUAGCAGCUUGCCCCUGGUUUGCUGCUAAAGCAGAUGUUUUGUGAACUUGUUCCUCUUCUGAUUUUAUGUUGGAAACUCAGUGUUUACUGGAGUGUAUUAUGCUUUUGUUAAUACAUUAGAUUAAAUCCAAUUUGACAUGA